AUGCGACCUGGUCUGACCGCUAGCCGUAUCAUUGGCGCAAGCCUUGCUUUCGCUGUUUCUCCCGUCCACGCGCUGUCUCCGCGGACGGAGAUCGCCGAUGCCUACGACUUCAUUGUUGUGGGUGGUGGUCAAGCUGGUCUCGUGCUUGGUGCUCGUCUUUCAGAGGACACAAAUCACACCGUCCUUGUUCUAGAGUCCGGCGGCAAUGGAGAUGAUUAUCGAGAACGGAUAGACACACCGGCAUACGGCUACUUUGAUUCACUUUGGACGACACCGUUGAAUUGGGGGUUCUAUACCGUGGCUCAACCAUGUGCGGACAACCGUGAGAUCUACUGGCCUCGUGGUAAAGUCCUUGGAGGCAGCUCUGCGAUCAACGGGCUCUAUAUGACCCGUCCUGGUGAGAUCGAGAUCAAUGCUUGGAAGGAUAUGCUCGAAGGCAUGGAUGGUGCUGAAAACUGGACCUGGGAGUCUUUUUAUGCUGCCAUGAAGAAAAGUGAAACAUUCACGCCACCAUCCGAUGCUAUUGCCGAUGAGGCCGACAUCACAUGGAACGUAUCGACACACGGCUCAGAAGGACCUAUCCACGCUUCUUAUCCUGGCUAUACCUUCCCUCAAGUUGGACAAUGGUCACAGGCCCUAGAAAACAUGGGCAUUGCCAUUUCAUCCGAGAUGUAUGGCGGUGAAAACUGGGGAGCUGAGGUCUCAACUUCUUCCAUCAAUCCCUCAAAUUGGACACGUUCCUACAGUCGAACAGGAUAUCUAGACCCUCUUCCAGAUUGGACAAACUAUGAUGUCCUGGCAAAUGCCCAUGUCACUCGCCUGGUUUUCGACAAUUCCUCGACCUCUGGAAAUCUUACGGCAACUGCUGUUGAGUAUACACCUGAUGACGGCACCACUAAGGUUCAGGUCAAAAUUAGAAAAGAAGUGAUUCUAGCAGCCGGUACCGUUGGCAGCCCUGCUGUAUUACUCCAUAGCGGCAUUGGCCCUAAAGACGUCCUAUCUGAUGCUGGAGUUGAUCUUGUCUCCGAACUUCCUGGGGUUGGGCAACACCUGCAGGAUCACUUUAGUGCCACUGUGAAGUGGACUACGGACGUGGAGACCGCAGGUUCGAUUUACUACGACAAUGGCAGCGACAAGGAUGAUACACUUUUUCUCUCAUAUAUCGAUUCGGCGGUAGCGUAUGUCAACUCCACUGCUAUCUACAAUUCUAGUAGCAGCGUGCAAGAGUUUCAGACAAGCAUCCUUGCCAUGAUGGAUCAAUAUACACCGAACACGACAUAUGACGAGGGCGUUAUUGCUGGUUACAAAGCCAUUUACAAUACGACCGCAUCGAAGAUUUUUGAUAGUCCGAUUGGCCAAAUAGAGCUUCUGUUCAUGAACAGUGACGGCAAUGGAGACAUUGGCAUCACAGCUGCCCUUCAGCACCCCUAUAGCCAGGGCCGCAUCUAUAUCAACUCGUCAGAUCCGAUGGACUAUCCUGUAAUCGACCCGAAUUACCUCAACAACCCAUCUGAUUACGAAAUUCUUCGUGAAGGCCUCAAGCUUGCACGUCGACUGGGUGAGACAAGCCCAAUGAGCAGCAAUCUUACAGGCGAAACCUCACCUGGAUCAUCUGUUCAGACGGACGAGGAGUGGUUGGAUUGGUUGCUUGCGGAAGCUAGCACCGAAUUUCACCCCUCAUCAUCUUGUGCUAUGCUUCCCCGUGAUCAGGGUGGUGUGGUAGAUGCAAAUCUUCGUGUCUAUGGCUUGUCAAAUGUUCGAGUUGCAGAUGCCAGUGUGAUUCCCAUUGCUUUGUCAACCCAUCUGAUGGCCUCGACAUAUGGAAUAGCUGAAAAAGCAAGUGAUAUUAUUCGGGCAUAUUACGAAGCAGCAUCCACGACAACACCGUCCUUUAGCACAACUACACCUCUCUCCCGGAAUGGCGCUACAUCGACCGUGACUAGUCAAAGUAAUGGCAGUACCCGUGAACAUAGUAUUGCAUCGUGGUACUCAUGGGUUCCCGUCAUGAUUCUCUCCGCGCAGGUUUUGGUAAUUUUCGACGUGCUAUUCUGA